AUGCGCGUCGUCUUCGGGGGCCUCUUCCGUUUUCUGCUGAGCCCGCGGGAGAGCUGGAGCCUGAAAGCAGCUCCGCCCUGGUGUGUUGAGCACGCGACUAUCCGCUCGCGCGAGACAUGCGAGAAUCUGUACACGGAGAACCUGUUGGAGUCGUUCUUGAGAUCUCGGACCGAAGUCAUCCAACUUCGAAAGCUGCAAGGUAUUUGUUUCAAUAAGGUGGCACCCUGUCGGAGGCCCCGGAGCAACUACUGUGAUCUGACCCCGGCACGGCAUGCCCAUGGAUAUGUGGAGAGUGAUCCGGCUUUUUACGAACAGUUCAACAUGGACUACUUCUUGACGGGCUCGGCCGUGAAUGCGGACUUUGAUGGCCAGUUCGCGGUGCGCCUGGCCCGGUUUUUCCGCGACGACGUGGACCGCGCGGCUCGCCGAUCCAGCGGUCCACGCAUCUUCCAGCUGGCGGGGCGCCCCGCCCGCCCCGCCCGGGUCCUGGACAUGGGCUGCGGCCGUGGCAGCUACGUCGAGCUCUUCGAGCGAUGGGGUUUGGUGGCUAUCGGCGUCGACGGGGACGUGGUCGUACGUCGGACACUUCCCAAGAGCAGUCUUGUGUGGGACCUCACGGAGCCACUGGACCUUCCAGGUAUUCGCACAAGCGAAGCCGAGGGAUUUUUGUCCCUGAUCCCGGAGGGGGUCAGUGUGGACGGGGUCGAUGGCACCAUGGACCUCUUCCUCUCGCAAAUCGAGACUGCGGCAGACGGAGACCAGGCCAGUGGUUGCAGUUUUGAGGCACCUGAUGACCCAACGGAAGAGGAGGAUGCAAACCUUAUACUCAGUGUUGGCCUCAAGAUGGAGGGAACUGGGGGGCACCACUCAGUUGCACUUCUGCGGCACAUUUGUUGCAGCGACGUUCGCUGUGUCGGGUAUGGUAUGGGGGUGAGCCAUCCGCCUAUCGGCACGGUAUGGCGGAUGGCAUCCAGCCAGGGUGAGGAUCCUUACAACGGGACGCGGCCAUCCUUCUUCUAUGGGCUCAGGUAUUUGCGGCGCAAGACCUGGCCGAGUGCUCGAGGGGCAUCCGGUAGGGUAGCUCUGCCUCACUCGCUGCUGGAGAACCUGGGCGUGCUCACGGUGUCCUUCGGGUCAGCAGACUGGGUUUUGAGCCUUGGGGUUGGCCAAUUCAUUCCGCGCUCCAAAGAGCCGACGUUUCUGAUGAACUUGGUGCGACAUGCUGAGCUCGGCAUCGUGAUCCUCUGGGGUGGCUCGGGGCCAAACCCUCGCUCCGCAAAAGAAGUGCGGCAGCUGUUCCAGCCUUUGGGCUUUCGCCCGGACAAAGGGGCUGCCAGGGAGCUCCGGCUCUUUGCAGGAUUGGCCUACGGUGGGCAAAAGGACGAGCUCCUGGUCUUGCGGCGCCGUGCAGGUACCUGGGCAGCCUUGGAUCCAUGGAGCCGCGAAGACGUGCACAAUGCGGACGGCAGCGGGGAGCCUGCAGCGCUUGUUGGGCACCACGCCUACCUUGUCCAGUACCGAGGCAAGCAGGCCGUGCACUGCGCAGUGCACGAGACCUAUGGCCUCGUCAGGCCCGGCCUGCUCUGGGUCACCGGCGGCUGUGGCGGCCUCUUCCGGGUCUGGCGGACCAACAACGCCCAAGAGCUGCCCGGUGCAUUCUGUAUCAACGCCGACCAUCGAUACAAGGAGUGCAUCAUCCCAUCUUGGCUCACGGACCCAAAGAUCAAUGCAACCGUGCUGAGCGCUCUGAUGGAUCUGAAUGCCACAGGGGGUGCUCGCACGCACCUGUCUGAGCGCCUGGAUCCAGAGAGCCCGGGGUUGAAUUCAAUUCAGGAAUGGUCGGAGGGCCAUAAGAAAGCAGAGCAUGCAGAGCUCGGGAAGCAAAGCCCAGGUUUUCUGGACUGGCAGAUGCACGCUUCCGCCGACCACUUUGUGCCUCGGCUGGCGGCCUGGCGUGGAGACCCGCGCCUGAACGUGGUGUUCUACAAGUUCUCGCGGAAGCUGGCCUCGGCUUGCGUCGCAGACGGAUCACACUGCACUCGCUGCAAUUCUAAUAGCACAGUUCGCACACUCCGUGCCCACACAUCGACGGCGAUGAGGCCAUCAGAGCUGCUUCUCGAGUGGCGGUGGUUCUGGUCCAUCGACUGGCGGCCCUUGCUGAGGCUCUCAGCCCAACUGCAGGCCCGCCGAGGGCGAGGCUGGCGGGGCCGAGGAGGUGUGGAGGCGGAGGCCCCUACCCGCUUCGCUCGACUAUUCCUGGUGCUGCGGUCCCUUGGGCUAAAACUAUCAAAGCGCGACCCCAAAGACCUCAAAGACUCCAUGCCCGGCUUCAACCAGAAGCUGCGGACCCGUGCUUUGGGCCACUUCCGCCGGGCGGCGUCCACUGCAGAGAGCACUCUUCGCCUGCAGGUCGAGCUUGCCAGCAAGCCAGCCGGCGAGGCACCCGGAUCGACACCGAAGGCACUGAAGGUGCGCUGGUCUGCAUCGGACUGCCUACCACGCUGGCGCUUCCGCCGCGAUCGGAAGAAGCUCAAGGGCCCACCGCCCCCUGAAGCCUUGUUGCGCCGCUUUGCCCUGGCGCAACGGGCUGGCAGCGCGCUGCUCGCUGGCCUUUCCCCAGCCAGAGCCUUGAGGAGCCCAGUCUUGCAUGAGCUCCUUGGUUUGGCUCAUCGCGCAGCCUUGGCCGUGGCCCAAUGGGGUGGGGCCAUUCCAUGUACAGGGCAACGCUUUCGGAAGCGUCCCAUGAGUCCCGUGUCUCACCGCCCUAUGGCGAAGCCAGGGUGCGAAAGGUGCGAAUGCGAAAGGCCAUGGGCCGAGGACUCAGUGGAGGCUUGGUAUGUCUACCGCUUGGUGGCCUGCGACCCUUCGGUCUGA